AUGGGGCACCAAGCGCAGCCCCGCCCACCCGUCGUCGCCUGUGCUACGAACGGCGACCUUUUCUGUCGCGAAUGCGCGAUCAAUGAUCUCCUCGCGCAGAGGCAGGAGAUCAAGCGCCUUGAGCGUGAGCGCGACGAUGCGAAAAAGAGGCUUGCGGAGGAUGACGAGCGCACGCUUGAAGAGGCGAGAAGGAAAGAGUUACAUGAUUUCGAGCUAGUUUCUAUGGGGUUAGAAGCUAAGGGAACUAAAAGAAAAGCAGAGCAGACGGAGGCAUUGGAUAGGUUCAAGGCGAGAGAGGUGGAAAUCGAUGGGAAGAGGAAGAAAGUGUUUGAGUUGGAUGAGAAGGAGAUGGCGCGUGUUGCGCGUGAAGAGCAGGAGAGGUUGAAGAAUGAUUUGAAGAGGGAGAAGACCGAGUCUAGCAAGUCUGCGCUGCCUUCAUUCUGGGUUCCGUCGUUGACGCCGGCGACGGAUCCGAAUGAGAUCGCUGCGAACAAGAAUGUCAAGUUGACGCCCAUAUGUCCUGGAUCUUCGGAUACGAAUCGACAUAGCUACUCGUUGAAGUCGUUGGUCGAAGUGCAUUUCACGGAAGAGAAAGCCUCGGACGGGACGGUGGCUCGGAUUUGUCCGAGUUGCAAGAAGAAUUUGAGUAAUGGACUCAAGGCCAUGCUCACCAAACCAUGCGGUCAUGUCAUAUGCUCACCAUGUGUCAGUAAAUUCAUGGCUCCUCAUGAUGAUACCCCAGACCCCCAUGCGUCUAAAGAAGAACAAGAGAAAGCGGCCAAACUUCACGGCCGAGUACUAUGUUAUGUUUGCGAGACGGAUCUCACAUUGCGAGACCUCAGUACGGAGAAAGCAGAUCCCGAUGAAGGCAAGAAGAAGUCCAAGAAGAAGGCCAAGGACGACGCCACUCGGCCAGGCCUAGUAGCGAUCAGCUCCGAGGGGACAGGAUUCGCCGGCGGAGGUGGUAAUGUGGCUACGAAAAAGGGCGUCGCGUUCCAAUGCUGA